AAAAAAAAAAAAAGAGAGAGAGAGAAAAAGAAGCAACACCUUCAACCAUCCCAAAGCAUGUCCCCAAACGCGCCGGAAUCCCGCCGGGGUUCCUACUUCACGCAUAUCCUCCGCGAACUCGGCCUCCUCACCGUCUUCCAAUCCUCAUCCGAUGUCAAACUGCUCAUUGCGCAGCGCUUCGUCCGGCUUUUCGCCUAUGGUGGUUCAACUCUGAUUCUAGCGUCUUAUCUGUCUGCCCUGGGUAUUUCCGAUGACCGGAUUGGGUUGUUCAUGACACUGACUCUGGUCGGGGAUGUGGUGAUCAGCUUUUUCCUGACGCUUUUCGCGGAUAGGAUGGGGCGCAAGGCUGUUCUGAUUCUUGGGUCGGGUUUGAUGGCGGGUAGUGGGGUUGUUUUUGGGUUAUUUGGGGAGUUUUGGAUUCUUUUGCUAGCAGCGGUUUUUGGGGUUAUUAGUCCGAGUGGAAACGAAAUCGGCCCCUUCCGCGCAGUCGAAGAAUCAACCCUCGCGCAUUUAACCCCCGACGAAGUCCUCCCUGAUAUCUUCGCGUGGUACUCACUACUGGGUACGGGUGGCACGGCGCUGGGGAUUAUGACUUGUGGAUGGGCUGUUCAUUUACUGCAGGAGCUCAGGGGGUGGGAGUUUAUUGCGGCUUGUCGGGUGGUUUUCUUUAUGUAUGCUGCGAUUGGUGGUGUGAAGCUUGUCUUUACGUUGGGGUUGAGUGGGGAUGUUGAGGCUGUUGCUAGACAGGCUCCUGAGGAGGAGCAGGGUGUUGAUGAGACGCAGCCUCUGCUAGCAGAGCAGUCUACGUCUGCCGUUCAGGCGCAGCAUGAGAACCCUCCGAAGAAGAGUUGGUUCCGUAUCUCUCUUGACAAGGAUCUUAUUCCGUUGAUCACCAAGCUAUUCGUCCUGUUUGCCCUGGACUCGUUUGCUUCCGGACUUGCAUCGAUGUCCUGGAUGACAUACUUCUUCCGCAACAAAUUCUCCCUCCCCGAAGGCAAUCUCGCCUCCAUCUUCUUCACAACCAGCAUCAUCUGCUCAAUCUCAAUGCUGGUCGCAUCCUCCAUCGCCAAACGCAUCGGCAACGUCAAGACAAUGGUAUUCACCCACCUCCCCUCCGCCAUCUUCCUCUCCCUAAUCCCCCUCCCCUCCACCCUCCCCCCAUCCCUAACAUUCCUCAUCCUCCGCGCCUCAACGCAAAGCAUGGACGUCGCCCCUCGCUCCGCGUUCCUGGCGAUCGCGUUACCGGCUGAUAAACGCACGGCGAUUAUGGGUGCUGUUAAUGUGGUGAAGACGGCGAGUCAGAGUGUGGCGCCGUUUAUUACGGGGGUUUUGGGGGCGAAGGGGCAUCUUGGGGUGGCAUUUUGUGUUGCCGGGGGGUUGAAGGGGAUUUAUGAUUUGGGGAUGUUGGUUUGUUUUGCGGGGAGGGAUGGGAAGAGAACAAGGGUUGAUGAUGAGGAGUGGCGGGCUUGAGAGUGUUGGUGGUGGUUGUGUAUCAUUUCGACAGGAUGGGAUUGACGCCUUUGGUGUUAUCAAUCUGGGUAUGAACAAAAGGAGUGACAGCGAAGUACGUACAGAAACAGACAGAGGCUGUACAUAGACCAAACAUCAGAUGUAUCUUAAAAUCGAUUCUUGUAUACCAAUCUAACAUGCAACAAUCAUAAAUCAUAAUUAUUCAUAUCCAAACCGCCAAAAUCACUCCUCCCUCUCAGCCUCCGGCUGACUCUGCCCACUCGACAACCUUGGAUCCAUCAUCGCGCACGCAAAUCCAAUCAUCGGCACACACAAACAAACCCCCGCAAU